AGUAGUACAUGAGUAACAUUGUGACUGCACGGAUUUCAAUUGUAAUGGAGCAUUUUUUUAAAGUGGUAUUACUGCUUUUUUUGGUACUUGAUACUGGGAUACUUGUUGUACUUAAAAGAUCUCAGAGCAAUGGUUCCACGGGGAAGUUGGGGUUUACGGGGGGACCGUGAAGGCGUCCGUCGUGUUCCACCCGUGCUGGGCGGACAGGAGACUGAUGUCGCUACACAUACCGACACACACACACACACACACAUCCACACAUCCACAGUUCCCACUGCUCCCAGCUCUCAACCUGCCCCGGGACCCUCCACCCUGUCCGGACACCAGCAGCAGAAGACGCUGGACCUUCUCUUCUUGCUCGGUAUCAUUUUUAUAAACAACUCCCAGCAGCACCGUUAGCCGGCUAAGCUAACAGGAGGAGGCUAGCUAACGACAGUUGGCUGAAACUCCUGCUCCGGCUACAGACCUCCCUGUGCAGGGUGCUGGUCCUGACAGACCCAGCGAUGUGAGCUGCUCUGAUGAGCUCAUGUGUAAAUCCAUACUGUGCCUGGUUACGACAGCUCUUUAGCUGGUUUGGAGGACCAUACCCCAGCUGUGACGCAAGCACCCCACAGACCCUGCAGCUGAUUUGGCUGAACAGGUUUAUGUUGGCCUGGAUCAGAGCAUAACUCCCCCAGAGCAGCCUCCUCUCCUCCACCUCCCUCUGCUCCCCCUCUAGGACUACUAUGCCUCUGGGUCUGGGAAGAAGGAAGAAGGCGUCCCCGCUGGUCGAGAAUGAGGAAGCGGAGCCCAUCCGCGCGGGCCUCAAUGUUCCAGGUAUGGACGGCCUCGAUGGGGGUGUUAUCGGGCUGGGAGACGGCGCCACCUCUGAAGGUCUGCCUCCUCCACACAGCAGCAUGAGACCUCGCCUCAUCUUCCACACACAGCUCGCUCACGGCAGCCCCACAGGCCGCAUCGAGGGCUUCAGCAAUGUGCGGGAGCUCUACGCCAAGAUUGGUGAGGCCUUUGGGAUACCACCUGCUGAGGUUAUGUUUUGCACACUGAACACUCACAAAGUGGACAUGGAUAAACUCUUGGGAGGUCAGAUCGGACUGGAGGACUUUAUUUUUGCCCACAUUAAAGGCCAGAAGAAGGAAAUAGAGGUGUUCAAAGGGGAGGAUGCACUAGGGUUGACGAUCACUGAUAAUGGAGCCGGCUACGCUUUCAUCAAGAGAAUCCGUGAGGGGAGCGUCAUCCACCAGAUCCAGGUCAUCAACGUGGGCGACAUGAUCGAGUCGAUCAACGGCCAUCGCCUGAUUGGCUGUCGGCACUACGAGGUGGCCAAGAUGCUGAAGGAGCUGCCCAAGGGAAAGGAUUUCACCAUCAAGCUGGUGGAGCCUCUCAAGGCCUUUGAUAUGAUCGGCCAGCGGUCUGGGGGGUCCAGGUCGGCAUCGGGGGUUCAGCUGGGGACCGGCAGGGGAACUCUGCGGCUGCGGUCUAAAGGUCCUGCUACCGUGGAGGAACUGCCUUCCGCAUUUGAGGAAAAGGCCAUUGAGAAGGUGGACGACCUGCUUGAGAGCUACAUGGGCAUCAGAGACAGCGAGCUGGCGGCGACCAUGGUGGAGCUGGGAAAGGACAAAAAGAACCCUGAUGAAUUUGCCGAGGCGUUAGACGAGACCCUGGGAGACUUCGCUUUCCCAGACGAAUUUGUUUUCGACGUUUGGGGCGCCAUCGGAGACGCUAAGGUCGGACGGGUGUGACCACAGAGACUAGUGGAGGCAGAACGACCUCUGUGAACGUGACGCCCACAACAUGCAGCACUACUAAGAAACGCAACACUACCGUCACACGUUUUGUUUUUAUUCCAGUGUAUACUCCUACUAUUUUUUAAUUUAGUGUGCAACCUUUUUGGGAGACUCUUCCUAGACAGAAGAGGAUGACGCCAGUUAAAGGGAGAGGAAGGUGACUGCGAUGACUUCCCAAGUGCUUUUAUAUGUCUUCCGGCUUUAUCCCAAAAACUACAAGCACGUUGAUGAGCAUUCCCUUUGCCCGCAUCACAUGAACCUGCAUGUCAUUGUUGUAGUUGCUGGCUGUGGAACAAGUACAGCACACGUCUCUAACAUGGGGGGGGGGAGCGAUGGCUAACACAAAGUAGAUAUUUGAUACUUGGUAAAAAUAUAAAUGUGAUGUUUUUUUUUUCCACAUUGUCCUGCGCUGUAAACCAACAGAAGUGAUGGGAGAUUGCACUGUACCCACUCGGUGAGCGGCACAGUUAUUGCACAGUACAAGGCGUCGGCCUCCCUCACAUCCAGUACAGUGUCGUGUUGAACCACUCGAUGUUCCUGUUAUGGAUCAGUUUUACAAGCAUGUGCUGUUAUAUUUUGAUCGUCAUCAUGAAGUCUGCUGUUUUUUUUUAUCGUUUGUCUUUUAUUUUGAAAGUAAAAAGUGCGGUUGCAGAAAGGGUGGUAGUAAACUGUAGCUCCUGACUAAAAGGAUCACUCCGUGCCGUGUGUUGACGCGUGUGUUAACUGUGGAGACAGCGGCAUAUUCCAGUGUGUUGUACAGUGUUAAAGAGAAUCAGUGUUAAUGAACCUGUGGUUGAAGGUGGUUACGCGGGAAUGAGAAGCAGAUUAGUUUCCAGGGUUUGUGGAUUGUGUUGACUCAUACAUUUUUUUUUUUUUAUAGCUAGUGUUUUUAUAUGAAGUGAUGUGACGUCUAUUUUAAAACGAGUGUAACAGAUGAAGAAUUGGAUCCUGUGUUUCUACUUUAUUUUGAAGUAUUAUAGAGAGCAGUAUUAUAGAAGAGAAUUGAGAGUUGUUGUAUUUAAAGAAAAAGAAAGAAUUGAUCUGUGAAGUACAAAAUGUCAUUUUUUUUUUUUUGCCCUCAUUUCAUGCAAUUUCAUGCAAGUUUACCGUCGUCGGAGCAGAACGACACCAAACUACUCCCACCAUGUGUCGCAUGACGUAGUUAAACAUGUCUUUAAAAAAAGAAAAAACCUCUAGUGGUAACCUUUUCACUAUGUCCAAAAUCAUGAAGCUAUUUUGUAGUUUAGUGUCGUUCUUUAGAUUUGAGCAAAAUCUUAAUGGGGUUCUGUAACGAAACUGACGCUAGAACACUGUAACACUGAGAAGAACUGGUUAUAUCGAUGGCUUUGUAUUACAUUGUCAUUGGCCACUUGUAAUGCAAUAAUAACAUUGACAUGGAAGUUU